AUGCGAUUACGAAAACUUGAUCGACUACAUGAAACAUGUGAUUUCAUUGGUAAAGGACCAUUGGAUGAUCAACCAUUUAAACACAAAGCAUCAGACAUAUCAGAACAAACUGUUAACGAUGUGUAUCAAGAUAUUCAAGAAUCGAUAAGCAAACCUAAUACAGAUAUUAUAGUGAACUAUAUCCAGAGAAUUCAAGACCAACAUUCCUCCUUAUCUCCACUACCGCCACCACCACCACCGUCACGACUACCGUCAAGAUCACCGCUGCCAUCAGCACCAUCAGGACAGUCGCCGCCGCCACCACCACUACCGGUACCAGCACCUAUAAUGCCACCACCAUCACCAACGCCAAGUCGAGGAUCUGUAGAAUUAGCACAUACGACUACUUGUUGCGCUUGUCUAUUUCGCCGUCCACAACAAAAUCAACAUCGUGUUUUAGUUUCUGUAACUGAUGGUUUACCAAAUCGUGGAAAUUCACAUCAAAUUCAACUUUAA